UGUUUUUUUGCAGAGAGAGCUGCUUUGCAGACAAUCACAGAAGCACCUCUCUUGUUUUCUUUCGCUUCUUCUUGAUGUUUUUUUCUGUUUUAACUUCGCAAAUUUUAAAUGUCGAAUCAUUACUAGUUCUCCCUAAAUCUGAAACCCUAUUCUUAGGUUAAUAAUGUCACUUCUUUCUAAAAGAAACUGUUUUUAUCUAAUUUUUGCGCUCGAAUAUCGUCGCGUUUUUUCAAUCCACGGUGAAUGUAACCCAGGUCUGACUCACUUUUAGCCUCCUUCUCAAGCAUCUUGGAGCGGAGAUGUUUUCGCCAGGAGAGGAGGUCGAAUCCGAUUUGUUUACCUCACUGAAGGAGUCAUCCGGAGAUGCGAUCUCCCCAACACUGGAGCUCAGUCUGACCACCGUCUACACCGUGCUCUACUCUUUCCUCUUUGUUUUUGUCUACCUGCAGCUCUGGCUCAUCCUUCAUUACGGUCACAAGCGCUUCAGCUACCAGAGCGUGUUUUUGUUCCUGUGUCUGCUGUGGGCAGCGCUGCGGACAACCCUCUUCUCUUUCUACUUUAAAAAUGUGGUGCAGGCCAGCCAGCUGCAGCCUCUGGCCUACUGGCUGCUCUACUGCUGCCCUGUAUGCCUGCAGUUCUUCACACUCUGCCUGCUUAACCUCUACUUCACACAGGUGAUGUUUAAAGCUAAAGCCAAGUAUUCGCCUGAGCUCACCAGAUACAAGGUUCCUCUGCGCUUGUUCUUUCUUUCGCUCAGUAUAUUUUUCCUGGUGGUGAAUUUGACAUGCGCUUUGUUAGUCCAAGGAGCUCUGAUGCACUCUGAACCACCGAGUGGUGGGGGGGUCCGACAUGCAGUCUUGGCUCGGGUCCUGAUCAACGACAGUCUGUUUGUCCUCUGUGCCAUAUCUCUGGCUGUGUGCAUCUUCAAAACCGCCAAGAUGUCUUCUGCCAAUGUUUACCUCGAGUCUAAGGGGACAUCAGUGUGCCAAGCUACCGCCGUAGGAGCCGUGGUGAUCCUGCUCUACACGUCUAGAGCCUGUUACAACCUAGUGGUGGUGGCCCUGUCGCCGCAGGACAGACCCAGCCCCUUUAGUUAUGGCUGGUACAGCGUCUCUGACCAGGCCGACAUACAUAAGAUCAGCGGAGAAGCCUACAUCGUUUUUGGGAUCAUUUUGUUUUUCUGGGAGCUGCUGCCCACCAGCUUGGUUGUGGUUUUCUUCAGAGUCCAAAAACCCCACCAAAACCUGGCCCCAGGCGGUAUGAUCAACAGCCACAGCUUCAGCUCCAGAGCUUAUUUCUUUGACAACCCCAGACGGUACGAUAGUGAUGACGACCUGUCCAGGAGCGUCAACAGUAGAUCUGAUCGGGCCAGCCUCCUAUCCACUACGCCUCAGAUGGCGACGUCCAGCUGGUACGGCUCAAUCCAACGAAAUGGGAGUUUGGCCCCUGGGGCGGCCCCUGGCCGGCAGCCUCCACCUUCCACGGCCCCGCUCUUAUUUUCCCAAGGAAACGUUCAGAGUCAUCAUCAUCACCAUCACAACUACUACUCUACCCCACAGAACAACAACUACCAGCAUCAUCAACACAGUAAUUACUAUUCCACGCCGCAAAAUUAUUACUGCGGAUCGCAGACGUAUUUCUGCACCCCACAGAAUUAAAUGGGAUCUAUUGUAGACUUUGGACAAUAUAGAUAACAAAUUAUUACAUCUUUUUGUCCCAUUUUGCUUAUUCAGCUCCAUCAAACCUUUUGAUUAAAAGUACUGCCCACACAACUGCUUCAACAAAUUGUGUGAAAUCGUGGAGAUAAAAUAAGCAAGAAAGUCGGAUCAACAAGACGACCAGCUUUUUUGAGAACAUCAGUACAGAUGGGUAGCAUUGAACUGAAAACAUUUCCUUUAAAUAUUUUGGUAAUAUAGAGAAAUAUUGACCAGAAAAAUCCUUCCAAUUGUAAAUUUUAAUGGUCUGAAAACAUGGCAGCUGCGUAGCAGGUGCUUAUUUAUGAGGCUAAUUUGCUAAUCCUAAAGCUGUCAGUCAACAGUUCAGGCCAGAGCAACACGGUUCUCAAACAAAAUGACCUUCUUGCAUAUAAAAAAUCAGUCCCAAAAGCAAAUACAGCAAAUUAUAACAUUUUAUUUUUAAAUAAAAUGUUAAUUACUUUAUUAAGCUGGGACAGGGUUCCAUUGUUACACAAAAGAACGUGGAAAAAGCUGCUGUUAGGAAUUGGCUAAUGCUAAUUUACUGAUAGCUGCUUAUGCAGGGAGAGCUAGCAUAGCAUUGCUAGCAUUAGCCAAAAGGAAAAAUAGAAAACUAGUGAUAAAACAAAGAAAAUUGGACACUUUGAAUUAAAGAAUUCAGUUUAUUACUUAGAUCAAUGUAUGGACUGAAUUCUGGUGCAAUGUAAUGAGAAUUAAAAUACAAAACUUUCUUUUAUGAGAGAGGCAAGGUCACAAAGAGAAAACUAGCAGAACGUGUCAUAAGUAAUUAGCCAGUACUAGUUUGCUGAUAACUGCUGACAUAAUGAGUGUUAGCACAGCUAACAAUAAGACAGAAUAGGGGAAAUAUUGCAAACAUUUAAAAUGGAUUAAAAAGGUUAUUAUUGUGUCACUGGACAAAAACAAAACA